UCUACCGUUUAUAACCACACUUUUAGUUGUCAUCUUAACGGUUUUCGCGAAAGUAUAGCUAGGUUUAAUAAAUAGAUUUAAAAUGUCUGUUGCUAAAAUAAAUCGAGUAAAAGAGAAAGUAGAAGAGCAGUUAAAUAAAUUAAAGCUUUCUGGUGAAGUAAAAUCAGAAAUGAGAACAUUAAUGAGGAAAGCUAUGUUACAUCCAUGUUAUGGGAACCCAGAUCAUGUAUUUUUAUUUUUCUCAGAUACAACUGGUCUCUAAAUGAUUUUGAACUUGGAGCUAGGCUGGGUAGAGGAAAAUUUGGCAGGGUCUACAUUGCUAGAGAGAAGUAUACCGGUUAUGUUGUAGCCCUGAAGACACUUGUCAAAAGGAACUACACAAAAGCACAAGCAUAUCUUGCAAUUAUUGACAUGGUUCCAUGA